UUUGGGGCACUGAAGGGCCUCAUUCUGUGAGGGGAACAACCUCUUGGCUCAAAGCAUGAUUGAUGUUUCUAUGUGAACAGUUGAGCCAGACGCCAGAGCCCACCCCAGCAGGCUCAUAUAAAGCUUUUUAGCAGCAGGCAAACUUUCAGUUGGGGGCCAGCCGAGGAGCAGAGACGGAGAGAAACCUGACAGAAAUGGCAUCUUUAGGUCUGCAGAUUCUGGGAGUUGCUCUGGCCAUGCUCGGGUGGAUAGGAAGCAUCGUGGUCUGUGCGCUGCCCCUGUGGAAGGUCUCUGCUUUCAUUGGGAACAACAUUGUUGUGGCUCAGACCAUCUGGGAAGGCCUGUGGAUGAGCUGUGUGGUCCAGAGCACGGGCCAGAUGCAAUGCAAGGUCUACGACUCCCUCCUGGCUCUGCCUCCAGACCUCCAGGCGGCUCGGGCCAUGAUCGUCAUCGCCAUCCUCUUUUCUUUUUUCGGCGUUCUGUUGUCUGUGGUCGGCGGCAAAUGCACCACCUGCAUCGAGGAUGAGACAGCCAAAGCCAGAGUGUGCAUCUCUGCAGGGGUUUUCUUCCUCCUGAGCGGGGCUCUGUGCCUUGUGACCGUGUCUCUGCCAGCCAACACCAUAGUCAAGGACUUUUACAACCCCCUGAUUCCUGAUUCUCAAAGGAGGGAGCUGGGUGCCUGUCUGUAUGUCGGCUGGGGAGCAGCAGGACUUUUGCUGAUCGGUGGGGCUCUCCUGUGCUGUCAGUGCCCACCAGGACGAGAGCGCUACAACGGAGUAAAAUACUCUGCACCAAAAUCCACAACAACAGGGAAGGAGUUCAUCUGAGCUGCUGACCAGUAGAAAGCAUCGCUUGCCAAGGAGGAAAUGACUGAACAAACAGGUCUCUUUUCAUAAAGGGAUUUGAAUUUUGACUAAUAUUCUUCGACUAACAUGGAUUGGCUUUCUGAUAGAUGGAUUAACUCAUGAAAUGUUAAGCUUUAGUAACUGCUUCCUUUUUUUGCAGCACUUGUUUUUUUUAUUGAAGAUGUAUUUUACAGUUUUAUUCUUUUUUUUUAUUAAAAUAAACACAUUUUAUCUAAAAAAAAAUGUGGCACAUAUUCUUUUUAUUAAAACUUGAAAAGGAUUUUGGAGUAAAACUAUUUUACCUUUUAAUCAGCAGGUUUCUCCUGCACUGGUUCACAAAAAACAAAUUCCCCCAAAAUGUGGUCCAUAAAAAUUAAACUAAGGAAGCGUUUUGUUUUUGUUUUUUUAGAGAAGGGAUAUUCAAAGCGAGACCCAUUUAUGGCCAAGACUGCAGUUCAACAAAAGUACAGAUUUGUCCUUUUUUGGAAAUUUCCAGAAUAAAAUCCAAAAAAAGAGCAGUCUUCUCCCUAAGUAAAAAUAUGGAAUGCUGAGCCUCAUGUAAAGCUAUACUUUUAUAUCGGUUUCACAAAUAAGGAUUUAUUUUUAGUGUCAGGAUUUUGAAACAAUUGUGCAAACAACUGUGUGACUUUAUUCUCAACUUAUUAUUGUAACGUUCUUUAGUUCUUUAGUCUUGUAUACCUAAUAUUAUGAAAGUCUUGUUCUUGUUCUCAAAAAGCAAAGAAAUUGUAUUAUGGCCUCUGUGGAUAGAAAAUAAAUUAUUGGCCUCGAAUCAGUAAAUUUUCACAUACAUUUUCAGAUUAAUUUCAAAUUUUUGAGAAAAAAGUUGUUUUCUGAUGUGGAAAAGUCAGAAAGUUUUGAGGGGAAAAAUGUUUUUUCCAUAAUUAAGGGCAAAUGUUUGCUAUAAUAAAACAAGUAUAUCUUUGACAUUAUACAGUCUGAAAUGUUGGAUCAUCAUCUACAUCAGGGGGUACCAUGCAGACCCCAGGGAUCACAUGUGGAGCUGCAUCUAAAAAUUUAUUUUAUGUUACUCUUCCUGUUUGACACUUACAUUUAUAUUAAUUUAAAAA